AUGGCAGAAACUAAUACAGAAAGAAUGAGGAGGAACCAAUGCAAAUCCAAGUGCAUGUCAUUUCCAUUUUUGAUUUCUGUAAUUUCACUGUUUACUGCAUUUCCAUUCUCUGAAUCCUUCAACUAUGGCGAAGCCCUAUCCAAGAGUCUCAUCUACUUCGAAGCGCAGCGUUCCGGCCGCUUGCCGUACAACCAGAGAGUCUCCUGGCGCCACCAUUCCGGCCUAACCGAUGGCUUAGAACAGGGGGUGGAUUUGGUUGGAGGUUACUAUGAUGCUGGUGAUAAUGUUAAAUUUGGUCUUCCAAUGGCUUUUACCAUUACAAUGCUUUCAUGGAGUGUUGUUGAGUAUCGGGAUCGGAUUGUGGACGCAGGGGAAUAUCGCCAUGCCCUUGAAGCUAUCAAAUGGGGAACUGAUUAUUUCAUUAAAGCACAUACACAUCCACAUGUUCUUUGGGCUCAGGUGGGUGAUGGCCACACCGACCACCUCUGUUGGCAGCGGCCGGAGGAUAUGACGACUUCCCGGCGUGCUUAUAAGGUGGAUGAGGAGCACCCGGGCUCAGACGUCGCCGGAGAAACGGCAGCCGCCAUGGCGGCGGCGGCGAUUGUGUUUAGGAUAACGAACCCACAUUACUCACACCUGCUUUUGGAUCAUGCACAACAAUUGUUUGAGUUUGGUGACAAGUAUAGAGGGAAAUACGACAUCAGUAUUGGAGUAGCAAAGGGGUAUUAUACGUCGGUGAGUGGUUACAUGGAUGAGUUGUUAUGGGCAGCUGUGUGGCUAUACAAGGCCACCGACAAUUUAUAUUACUUGAAUUAUGUUAUGGAAAAUGCCGAGUCCUUUGGUGGAAUCACUUGGGCCAUCACAGAAUUCAGCUGGGACGUCAAGUAUGCUGGUGUCCAAAUCAUAGCUGCAAUGUUGCCAGUGGAAGGAAAGAAUGAAGAACAAAGCAAGACCAUCCAAGAAUACCGUUCAAAGGCAGAACAUUUCAUAUGUGCUUGCCUGAACAAAAACAAUUCAACUAAUGUGCAACGCACCCCAGAUGGGCUCCUGUACACCCGCCAAUGGAACAACAUGCAGUACGUUUCUAGUGCAUCAUUUUUACUGACAGUGUACUCUGACCAUCUUGAGUCUACCAACCAAAUGCUCAAUUGCCAUGGAGAUUUAGUGGGUCCCCAGGAGAUCCUGUCCGUCGUCAAAUCACAGGUAGACUACAUUCUGGGUUCUAAUCCCAUGGGAAUGAGCUACUUGGUUGGCUAUGGACCUACAUAUCCCAUGUGGGUGCACCAUAGGGGUGCAUCCAUGGAAUCAUAUAGAGAAAGCAAGGGUUUUGUCGGGUGCACUCAAGGAUAUGAUAACUGGUACGGACGCCAGGAUCCAAACCCGAAUGUUCUUGUUGGAGCUUUGGUGGGUGGACCGGAUAACAUGGAUGAAUUCAGGGAUAGAAGAGGGAAUUUCAUACAAACAGAAGCCUGCACAUAUAAUACGGCGCCGCUUGUUGGGGUUUUUGCCAAAUUGCGCAUAUUAGAGAAUACUAGUUUAUCACAGAUUUCUUCCAUUUAA